AUGAAUCCCUGUUCUAAUACUACAUCGCUUACAUUGAAGAAAACGUUGAGAUUCGACCCUCGUUAUCCAAAUCAAAAUCAAACCCGUGCCUGCUACGAUAAUUACUGCGAUUAUUUCAAGUGCCGACGUCUACUAAAGCAAGACGAUGAUUGUGAAAUUUUUAAAAAUUACUAUGAGACACUCUGUCCGAAAGACUGGGUAUCACACUGGAAUGAACAAAGGAAGAAAAAUGCCUUCCCAGGACCACUUUAA